AUGGCUCCCAAGGCAGAGAAGAAGCCGGCCGAGAAGAAGCCAGCCGCAGCAGAGAAAUCCCCAGCGGAGAAGAAGCCUAGAGCAGAGAAGAAAUUGCCUAAAGAAGGAGGUGCCAGUGAUAAGAAGAAGAAGAGGACGAAGAAGAGUGUGGAGACCUACAAGAUCUAUAUCUUCAAGGUCUUGAAACAAGUUCAUCCUGAUAUUGGGAUUUCAAGCAAGGCUAUGGGUAUCAUGAACAGUUUCAUCAAUGAUAUCUUUGAGAAGCUUGCUCAAGAAUCUUCAAGGCUUGCUAGGUAUAACAAGAAGCCUACCAUUACUUCUCGGGAGAUCCAGACUGCCGUCAGGUUGGUUUUGCCUGGAGAACUCGCUAAGCAUGCUGUUUCUGAAGGGACUAAGGCUGUUACCAAGUUUACUAGCUCUUAG